GUGUCGAUGCUUAAGAACGGUUCGGCCAUCACUUUCCACAAAAAAGUGUGUCCCGACUGCCACACAGUGCCCAAGUUCAAGGAAUGGGCCAGCGCCAAACCCAAGCCUGGAAUCAGCGUGUUCCACACGGGAAAGCGGACUGGAUACCAUCUGCACUGGGAGCCGAUAUUCAUCGGUACACACAACGAUCCGUUGUACGACGAGAGACUGAGCUGGGAGGGUAAAAUGGACAAAAUGACCCAGGGUUAUACGCUGUGCGUGCUCGACUACGAGUUCCACAUACUGGACAACGCUUUCCUGACACACAAGCCGGGCAUCAAGACGCUGAAAAAGGACCCGGCCCGACAGGUGCUCGCGUCCAAGACGUACAGUCUCAUCAAGAAAGUCAUACUCCCCGAGCUCAAGGUCCUGUACGGCGUGAAAAAAGGAUGCGCCGUGUAGUGUAUGACGAUACACACAUAUAUGCAUAUUGUAUAUAUAUAUAUACACACMCACACACAUCUAUUAUAUAGGGAUGCACGGUCGCGCCGAGGACACUCGCGCGCGUUAGGGACCACRGAUAGACUCAUCGACUGAUAGAUUAAAUGUAUACGCUUCCUUUAUUAAUUUCCCCCGGAUAUCAUCCAACGUACAAUCACGUGGUCUGUGCAUGCGUGUGCGUAUGUGGGUUGGUGUACAGUACUUAUUGGGACGAGUGUUUCAUUUCCGACAGCGACAUAAUAAUGAUAUGAUAUUCUACUAUAUACGCGUCGCCGCCGUGUUAUCUCUCGCGUCACUUUUUUUUUAUUAUAAUUUAUAUUUAUAUCGUAACAAUAUUAUCGUGUAAAAUAAGUUAUAUAUUUUUUUAAUAUUAUUACUCAGCCUAUAUACGUAUAUAAUAGCGCGAUGUACAUGAUAGUAGGUACCUACUACCAUUGUAUCGUGUGUGUUCUCGUCGGGAAAAAAAUUGUAAUUUUUUUUUUGUUAACGCCUGUACAAAAUAGAUGCCAAUUUUUAGUUUUAUACGUGUAUAUUUGAAGCCUUCAAUCAAACGGAUUUAUUAUACUUUCUUGACCACACCACUCGACACGUUAAAGCUUUGCAUUAUAUUAUUUUUCACUUUUAUUUGUCUUCUCUAUAAUAUUAUGUUGAUUUGUCUAACACAUUUUAUCUUCUUGAACGAGCAAUAUAAUAUUUCCUUUUCUGUUUACUAUUGUACUUCUUUAAUUUUGGUGUUUGGGAUAUUUUCAAAGGGAUAAAAAGGAUCGCCUCCAAUUGCAAACGUUUAGACAAUCUUCCAUUGACAUUUUUAGUAUAGAAUCAUUCACUCUUCUUACUUCUCACUCCACGCUCACUUAAUUUGUCAAAAGCCUUUUAUUUACCUUUAUUUUUUAGUCAAUUUGAGUAUCAAAACGUUUAUGCUAUUCGAUGCGAUCAUUAUGUAUUGUUUUAAGUCUUUUUGUAUACAAUGAUUAUUAUUAUUAUUAUUAUUAUAUACUAUCAUUAAGUAGUU